AUCAGAUUGUUAAUUAAGCAGUGCAUGUGUGUGGAUUAAAUUGUCACCCGCUUCGAAAGUUACUUUAAGAAUUUCUGACUUCGAUUCUGAAUUUAAGAAUCAACGAAAGAGAAAUGUAUCGAAUUCUAACGAUUGGAUUAUUUGUUGUGACGGUGGUGCAUGGUGCAGCGAUCUCAAACGAUAUUACAGAAACGCCGCGAAUUCACACCAGCGAACAGCUUAUUUCAGCAAUCUUUAAUGAUUGCUUCGAGAUGAAUGGCAUGUCGUGUCUGAAAGGAAAAGUUCUGACCUACUUGGAUACCGUUCUCGGUUAUAAAGUCGAGCAGUCUCGUGCAUUUGACGAGAAAAACGUCGACAAAGUGAUUUAUGAUCGCGUCUCAAGAAUUUUAGCUACAAACGAAAUUCGAGUGAAAUUACCUAAAAUUAUUUUCGGUGAUGUUGAUGUCACGUAUCGUGCUGAUCGUGGAGUUGAUUUUGAAGUAAUUGAAGACUCACAAGAAGAAUCUCGUGGCUUAUUAAAGAAGAAACUUCUCUUCCCUGUUCUUCUUCUACUUAAACUUAAAAUGAAAGCCUUAAUGCCAAUCUUUGUUGCAAUCAUUGGAUUGAAAGCUAUGAAAGCUCUCAUUCUUUCGAAAUUGGCCAUCACGAUUGUUCUCGGCUUUUUAAUUUCUCAAUUGGUGAAGAAAACUGGUCUUGGAAUGCCAAUGUCAAUGAUGCCAAUGAUGAAUGGAAUGGCAGGAAUGGCAGGAAUGCAAGAACCUGCAAUGAAUUAUGGACCACCAACUACGCCAGCAGCACCUGACUCUUCUUACGGCCCAGCAGCAUGGGAGCCUUCAAGUUCAGGUUCAUCAUACUCUCGUGUUUGGGAACCUUCUGCAUCUUCGUCCUCCCAUAACUUAGCUUACAGUUCAUACUAUCCAAGUGCUCCAUCUUCAAGCUCUUACACUUCUAAUGGUUCUUCAUCAGGAGCAAGCUCUUCAUCAUCAGCAUCAUCAGCUCAAACAGCAACAGCAACAGCUUACUAAACGAUAAAACCUUCGAUACCAAAAUGUUCUCCAUUUUCAACAAACAAUUUAUUUAUUUUCGGAAUAAAGUCAUUUUAAUUUAUUGAAAUAAAAGUUGAUUAAAUGG